UUUUCAGAGGAAAAUGCAGGGUUUGUCCUUCACCCUGACGUCAGAUCUUGCUUUAAUAAAACCCCCCAAGGGCUGCGGAAGAGGCAUAUCUGGUGCUCCUGAUGGGCCGGCCAGUCCGGUCCCAGCUCCCCCGAGAGGUGGUCGGAUCCUCUGGGCUGCUCGGUCGAUGUCUGUGCCACUGACGUCCAGGCAUGAGGUGGUUCCUGCCCUGGAUGCUGGCAGCAGUGACAGCAGCAGCCGCCAGCAGCGUCCCGGCCACGGCCUUCUCGCCCACCCUCACGACCAUGGACUUUACCCCAGCUCCGCUGGAGGACACCUCCUCGCGCCCACAAUUCUGCAAGUGGCCAUGUGAGUGCCCACCAUCCCCACCCCGCUGCCCGCUGGGGGUCAGCCUCAUCACAGAUGGCUGUGAGUGCUGUAAGAUGUGUGCUCAGCAGCUUGGAGACAACUGCACAGAGGCUGCCAUUUGUGACCCCCACCGGGGCCUCUACUGUGACUACAGCGGGGACCGCCCGAGGUACGCAAUAGGAGUGUGUGCACAGGUGGUCGGUGUGGGCUGCGUCCUGGACGGGGUGCGCUACAGCAACGGCCAGUCCUUCCAGCCUAACUGCAAGUACAGCUGCACGUGCAUCGACGGCGCGGUGGGCUGCACGCCGCUCUGCCUCCGCGCGCGUCCCCCGCGCCUCUGGUGCCCUCACCCGCGGCGGGUGAACAUACCCGGCCACUGCUGUGAGCAGUGGGUGUGCGAGGACGACGCCAGGAGGCCGCGCAAGACCGCGCCCCGUGACACAGGAGCCAUCGACGCUGUGGGUGAGGCGGAGCCGUGGCACAGGAACUGCAUCGCCCACACAAGCUCCUGGAGCCCGUGUUCCACCAGCUGCGGCCUGGGGAUCUCCACUCGGAUAUCCAAUGCUAACGCCCAGUGCUGGCCCGAGCAAGAGAGCCGCCUCUGCAACCUGCGGCCAUGCGAUCUGGACCUCCGUGCGCUCAUCAAGGCAGGGAAGAAGUGUCUGGCUGUGUACCAGCCAGAGGCACCCACAAACUUCACCCUGGCGGGCUGCGUCAGCACACGCUCCUAUCGACCCAAGUACUGUGGGGUUUGCAUGGACAACAGGUGCUGCAUCCCCUACAAGUCCAAGACCAUCAAUGUGUCCUUCCAGUGUCCUGAUGGGCUUGGCUUUUCCCGCCAGGUCCUAUGGAUUAAUGCCUGCUUCUGCAACCUGACCUGUAGGAAUCCCAAUGACAUCUUUGCUGACUUGGAAUCCUACCCUGACUUCUCAGAAAUUGCCAACUAGGCAGGCACAAAUCUUGGGUCUUGGGGGCUGGCCUAACGCCUGCAAAGCAGUCAGCCAUUAGGGCCAGUAACUUCUCAGCAUUGAGCCUUGUUCUGUCAGUUUUCCACUCAUUCCUAGUUACCUUGAUCUGGACCCUUGGCCUCCUUUUCCGUCUCUAACCACCCAAAUGAUCCAUGAUGGGGCUGCUAGGCCCAUACUAUGAGUUUUCUCCCUGGCAAUAUUAAGCAUCUACUCUAAAGAAAAAUGCCUGUUGCUAGCUGUUCUGGACUACAUCCAGGCCUGAUCCCGCCUUUCCAAGUCACUAGAAGUCCUGGAUCUUGCCUAACUCCCAAGAAACGAAAUCGGCAGACUUCCAAUAUCACUGAUUUCUUCUUUAGAUGCCAUAUCACAAGACUCUUUGGGCCCAUUCAGAUGGAUAGACGGGAUUUAGAACAAUAGAAUCGUCUAUUAUUUGGAGCCUGCCAAGUGGUACUGUAAUGGGUAAUUCUGACCUCAGCAAACCAAAACAAGCCAGAUUCCAAAUAUGUAUGCACCCCAAGAUCAUCAAACAUUUGCCAAGUGAGGUGAAUAGUUGUUUGGUUUUGAUUUUUAACAGAAAGUUGUAUCCAUUAACCUGAGUACUGCGGAGGCUAAGUCUCUCUUCGCCCUACGCUAUGAAGGUACAGAUUAGAUUUAUCCCAGUCAGAAAUAAAAUUUGAUAAACAUUCUUAGUGAUGGGAAAAGUCCCCAGUUAAUACUCCAGAGACAGGGCAAGGUCAGCCCAUGUCAGAAGGACCGAUCGACCCUCACACCGCAUCAGCUGCUGACUGGCAGUGCUGUGGGCAGUUGGCCGGGCUCUUCCUUGAAUCUUCUCCCGUGUUCUGCUUGGGGCUCAUAGAAAUUGCCAGGGCCUCUGAACUGGCCUGUCUCGUCCCUGAGAGUGGUGCCCUGAAACAUUUUUCUACUCUUACAGAGCCUUGGGAGACCCAGCUGCAGACCAUGCCAGACCCACUGAAAUGACCAAGACAAGUUCAGGUUGGGGUGUGGGUCAAACUAAGAAGUGAAUCUACUUGGUAGCAGCCUGGGUGGCCUCUAGAGCUGGAGGCUAUGGGACUCCAGUGGUUCCCAUGCUCAGGACACAUCUAAUGAAGAGACUCAUUUCACGGCCUUCGGUUCUGCUGACCAAAUGGCCAGUUUUCUGGUAUGAAGAUAGAGGUUUACCAGUUGUUUAGAAACAGAAAUACUGUAGGCUGAACAAGGGUUUAAAGCUGAUUAGGUUGAAGCUAAAAGGCAAAGGUUAUUGUUAAUGAAAAUCAGGCUAUUAUUUAUUUUGUUAGUAAAAAAUAGUAUUUACUAUUAUAAUUCUUUUAUUUAGGAUCUUUUCUGUGCCAUUGUUCUCAGUGCUUUGUGUAUAUUAGCUCACUAAAUCUUCACGACAAUAUUGAGAAGUUCCCAUUAUUAUUUCUGUUUUUACAAAUGUGAAAUGGAAGCUCAGAGAGGUGAGAAAGCUUGCCCAGAGUCACCUAGUUGGUGAGUGGGAAAGUUAGUAUUCAGAUAGAAAUUGGACUGUCUUUAUAACCCAUAUUUCCCCCCCUUUUUUAAAGAGUUUCCAAAUGUGUCAGAAUAGGAACACAUCUUGGAAUAAAUGGCUUGAUUUUCACUGUCAUUUUUGCCUCUUAUUGUCUUUCCAGCUUCUUUUCAAAAGAUAAGAGUAUCUGAUUUUCUGAUAAUUUAAGGGCUUAAGCAUCCAAAACAUAUGGAACAGACAAAAAUCCACGAAUCCUCUAUAGCUUAUCUCCUCUUUCCAAUCAGAACCAGUUCUCAUCACACAUUUAAAAGAUGAUUCUGUUUACCCAGUGCUGCAUGUUGAAUGUUGUGUAAUUAUUCACAGGGAACUAUGUGCAGUGUGCAGAGAGAUUCCUAAACAGGAAAAGGACUGGGAAUACACCCCCCUUACUGUGACCUCUGUGAAGCCUAGUCCAGUGCAAGGUAUACAGUGGUACUCAUUAAAUACUUGAUGAAUACCGGAAGCUAUGCAUGUGUUCCUACUUUUAUUCUGAAGCUCUCUUCUUCCAAAGCUAAAUGAAAAUAUAAUUUUAAUAGUCAAAAUUUUAUAUUAAGUGCCAUAGCAAAAAAGACAUUUAAUAUUUUAAAGAAAUGCAUAUGCAUAUAUACAUAUAUUUGUCUAUACAUAUGCAAGAAUUCUUGUAUAAAGAGAAUUCACCCCAUGAAUGAUCUCUUCUGUAAGUCAGUCUGGAUCAUAUUAGAUUUUCUUAGAGUGAAAACACCUACUGUCUACAAAUUACAAGGCUAGAUGACAGCUCAUUCCAUUUGAAAUUCAGUGGAAAUCCAAAAGCUAGGUUCUUACUGAAUUUUCAUCUCAAUUUGGGAAACUGAAAUUAGCUUUCAAAGAUCACAGGAAGCCUGGUUGGAGAAACUAGGGAUUAUUCUUGGCAAUGGGUAGGAGAAGGUGGCCAGAUUCACUCAGGCACCACCAGUUUUGAGAAAUGGAAAUAUCUUAUGCAGAGCCCAGAGGGCAAGUCUCAGACCCAUGGGUUGAAGCCAUGGAGAAGGAAAUUUGGAUCCAAUUUAACAAAGUUCUUUCUAACAGUCAGAAUUUCCCUGCAAUGGUGUGGCCUGAUUCAAUAAAAAUUACUAAUAACAAAUAUAAU